UCACACAUGCCUUAUAGUCAUGGCAGUAAAAGUGGAUCCAAGUCAUGUGAUAGGCCUUGACCGGUAUUUAUUUUCCCUUUCUUUUUCCCCUCGAAGUCUUCUCUGAUUUUUCUCUCCUGCAAGAUUCUCACAAAUCCAAACGAUCAAGCGAUAUGUGUGCGUAACGCAUUCUCAAUGUUAUUUAUUAAUACAUCCACAGGACAUUACAACACAUACUAGCUGUCAUGUGUGCAUAGUGCUGCCGUGAGAACCGGGUCAUAAAUAUCUUGGGAUUAGUUCCUGUCAUCAGUCACUGGUUUAUAUAUUAGUGUUGGGAUUAUGGUGUUUACACGAUUAUCACCUGUUGAGUGGUGAUCUCGGUGGUGAUGUCGUUGGGAAAUUGGAUCAUAGCACAGUAAUCUUGAUAGACAUUGCUAGCUUGGGAAUGAAAAACUUGGAUGUGAUAGAACUUUCGCUGGUCUCGGUGUAGCUUCUCAUGCAUCGCCAUUCUAUGAUUAGAAUCCAUAAUACAAAUUUUUUUUUUCUUGGAAGACUAGCAAGGAGCUAUCACGCCGUGCAAGCAUGCCACCUGCGGAGAAUAUAAUGAUAUAUCUACUGCACCAUGGUCGGAUCUUCACAUCUCUCACAUUUCUUCCCCUCCUACUACAAGCAUCGAAAAAAUCGACAAAAAGGGGAAAAAAAAAAAAAAAAUAAAGAGAGCUAUCAGAUGAUCAUCCAACGUCUAUAACCAUGUCAGAACUCCGUCAGAGACAGGCACAGGCACCAAAGGACUCAUCCGAGUCACCAUCCGAACCUCGAAGCAAGAGCAACAAAAGCAGCAGCAAUGAGAACAGUAUCAGCGUCCUUGACAUUAUCCGCUUGCUGGUCACGCUGGUAGUGGCCAGCUGCGGCCUUUCAUAUUACAUCACCUCCUCUGAAUCGUUGCUUUGGGGGUAUCGACCCUGGUUCACGAAGUGGCCUUUAGUGGUGCGAUAUAUUCAAGGUCCUAUCUUCCUAACACCAGAACAACUAUCCCUGUACAACGGCACCGACCCAAAUCUCCCCAUCUACCUCGCCUUGAACGGUACCAUAUUCGACGUCUCUGCGAACCCGCGCAUCUACGGCCCAGGGGGCAUGUACGGGUUUUUUGCCGGGAGGGACGCCGCCCGCGCGUUCGUCACGGGGUGUUUUGAGGAUGAUCUUACCUCUGACCUGGCCGGCGUUGAGGAGAUGUUUAUCCCCAUCGAUGACGAAGACAGUGAGGAGGAGAAGAAGCUUACGAAGGCACAGAAGAAGAUCAGGCGGGAGCGGGAUGUGAGGCUUGCGAAGGCGGAAGUGAGGAAGCAUGUCGAGCACUGGCAAAACUUCUACAGGGAUCAUAAGAAGUAUUUUGAGGUCGGGAAGGUUGUCGGUCAGAUGGUGGUGGAUGGUGGGAAGAGGGAGCUUUGUGACGCUGCUAAGAGUAAGAGGCCGAAGAGGAAUGAUCAGGAUGUAGAUAGGAAGGAUUAAAAGCGCAUUUCGACAAUAGGGGUUUCAAUUGGAAAAAGAAUAAAAAUCGCA